GCUGUUCUGUAACAAUUCGGGCUUGUUCUUGAGGCGUCCGGUUAACCAGACAGACUCCAUCUUUUCGCCAGAUUUCGGCUAAACUUGGUAUCUAUAUACAAGCGGAGCUUGUCCACCGAAUAAGCAAACAUGGCGUCAUUCGAUCCCAACGAUCCGGAUAUGAAGUACCUCGCUGUCGACAGGAAAGCUCUUAUGAAGGAGCAGACUGUCCCAUUUGACGGCAAAAAGAUGUGCUGGAUUCCUGACGAGAAGGAGGGCUUCUUGGCCGCCGAGAUCCAGUCCACAAAAGGAGAGGAAAUCACUGUCAAGACCAUUGAAAGCCAAGAGACCAGGACAGUGAAGAAGGAUGAUAUCCAGCAAAUGAAUCCGCCCAAGUACGAGAAAAUUGAAGACAUGGCCAACAUGACCUACCUGAACGAAGCCUCUGUAUUGCACAACUUGAGAUCCCGAUACAAGUCUAUGUUGAUCUACACCUAUUCCGGACUUUUCUGCGUUGCCGUCAAUCCCUACAAGCGACUCCCCAUCUACGGCCAGGCACUGGUCGACAAAUACAGGGGCAAGAGAAAGACUGAAAUGCCUCCCCAUUUGUAUUCCGUUGCUGACAACGCUUACCAAUUCAUGGUCCAAGAUCGUGAAAAUCAGUCCAUGUUGAUUACUGGUGAGUCUGGAGCCGGUAAAACUGAAAACACCAAAAAGGUCAUUCAGUAUUUCGCCCUCGUGGCAGCUGGUCAGUCCAAAAAAGAGGACGUAGAGGAAAAACCAAAGGACGACAAGAAGGGAACCCUAGAGGAUCAGAUCGUGCAGGCUAACCCAGUACUUGAGGCUUACGGAAACGCCAAGACUGUCCGUAACAACAACUCUUCACGUUUUGGAAAAUUCGUCCGUAUCCACUUCGGUCCCACAGGAAAAAUUGCAGGAGCCGACAUUGAAACCUACCUGCUCGAGAAAUCUCGUGUGACCUACCAGCAAACUGUUGAGAGAAACUACCAUAUUUUCUACCAGCUUCUGUCUAAUGCCAUUCCAGAACUCAACGAACCUCUGCUGGUCUCACCCGAUCCCGCCCUCUAUUCAUUUAUCAACCAAGGUGCUUUGACAGUUGAUGGUAUUGAUGAUGUUGAAGAAAUGAAAAUGGUCGAUGAAGCUUUUGACAUUCUUGGUUUCACCACUGAAGAGAAGCACAGCAUGUACAAAUGCACAGCCUCCAUCAUGCAUAUGGGUGAAAUGACCUUCAAGCAGAAGGGUGAACAGGCUGAGGUUGAUGGAACUGCCGAACCUGAAAAGGUCGCUUUCCUGUUGGGUAUCAACGCCGGAGACUUUUUGAAAUGCUUGCUGAAACCCAAGGUCAAGGUCGGAACCGAGUUUGUCUUCAAGGGUCAGAACAAAGAGCAAGUAACCAACUCCGUUGGUGCCUUGGCCAAAUCUCUGUACGACCGUAUGUUCCAGUGGCUGGUCAAAAGAGUCAACAAAACUUUGGACACCAAAGCCAAGAGAAACUACUACAUCGGUGUAUUGGAUAUUGCUGGUUUCGAAAUUUUUGAGUUCAACAGCUUUGAGCAGCUGUGUAUCAAUUAUACCAAUGAAAGACUUCAACAGUUUUUCAACCACCACAUGUUUGUCCUGGAGCAGGAAGAGUACAAGAAGGAAGGUAUCCAAUGGGAGUUCAUUGACUUUGGUAUGGACUUGGCAGCCUGUAUCGAGCUCAUUGAGAAGCCUAUGGGUAUCCUGUCCAUCCUUGAAGAGGAAUGCAUGUUCCCCAAGGCCGACGACAAGUCAUUCAAAGACAAGCUGUACCAAAAUCACAUGGGCAAAUCCCCCAACUUUGGAAAACCAGGAAAGGCUCCAAGACCCGGCGUUCCCGCUCCUGACUUCUCAUUGGGUCACUAUGCUGGUUCUGUUGGUUAUAACAUCAGUGGUUGGCUAGAGAAGAACAAGGAUCCAAUCAACGAGAACGUCGUUGCCCUGCUAUCUGAAUCAAAAGAACACCUUGUAAAGGAACUCUUCCAAGCUCCUGAACCUGAAGCCGGCGGUGGAAAGAAGAAGAAGAAGUCCUCUGCUUUCCAGACUAUCUCUGCUGUCCACAGGGAGUCUCUGAAUAAACUGAUGAAGAACUUGUACAGCACUCAUCCCCACUUCGUGCGUUGCAUCAUUCCCAACGAAUUGAAACAGUCUGGAAUGAUUGAUGCCGCUCUUGUACUCAAUCAGCUUCAAUGUAACGGUGUACUUGAGGGUAUCAGAAUCUGUCGCAAAGGAUUUCCCAGCAGAGUCAUCUACUCUGAAUUCAAACAGAGAUACUCCAUCUUGGCCCCUAAUGCCAUUCCACAAGGCUUUGUUGAUGGAAAGGUUGUGUCCGAGAAAGUUCUGCUCGCUCUGCAGCUUGAUCCUGCAGAGUACCGUCUUGGUAAUACUAAGGUAUUCUUCAAGGCUGGUGUACUUGGUAUGCUUGAGGAAAUGCGUGAUGAACGUCUUUCUGCCAUUCUGUCUGGAUUCCAGGCUCAUAUCAGAGGUUAUCUGAUGCGCAAACAAUACAAGAAAUUGCAGGACCAAAGAACUGCUCUUGCCAUGAUCCAGAGAAACAUCCGUAAAUGGCUUGUCUUGAGAAACUGGCAAUGGUGGAAACUGUACGCCAAGGUAAAGCCCAUGUUGAAUGUUGCUCGUGCAGAGGAGGAGAUGAAGAAAAAAUUGGAAGAAAUGCACAAGAUGGAGGAGGAAUUGAAGAAGACCACUGAAAUCAAAAAGAAACUCGAGGAACAGAAUGUUGUAUUGUUGGAAGAAAAGAAUAGAAUCUUCAUUGACCUUCAAGCCGAACAGGACAGAGUAGCUGAAUUCGAGGAGAGACUUGAACAAUUUAUUACAGAAAAAGCUGAAUUUGAAGCUCAGAUCAAGGAAUACGAGGAACGCCUUCUUGAUGAGGAGGACGCUGCAGCUGAGCUUGAGUCCAUUAAGAAAAAGAUGGAAGCUGAAAAUGAUGAGUUGAAAAAAGACAUUGAAGAUCUUGAAAACACUCUUGCUAAGGCUGAACAAGAGAAACAAACCAAAGAUAACCAGAUCAAGACUCUUAACGAUGAAAUUCAACAGCAAGAUGAACAGUUCGCCAAGCUCAACAAAGAAAAGAAGGCUUUGGAUGAAGCUCACAAGAAGACUCUCGCAGAUUUACAAGCCGAGGAGGACAAAUGCAAUCAUCUCAACAAACUUAAACAGAAACUUGAACAGACUCUGGAUGAGAUGGAAGACAACCUUGAGCGUGAGAAGAAGAUCCGUGGUGAUGUUGAGAAGGCCAAACGCAAGCUUGAACAGGACCUGAAAUCCACACAAGGUGCUGUUGAAGACCUUGAACGCGUCAAGAGAGAAUUGGAAGACGCCGGCAAGAAGAAGGACAUGGAGAUCAACAACCUCAACUCUCGUAUUGAGGAUGAGCAGGGCAUCAACGCCGGUCUCCAGCGCAAGAUCAAGGAGUUGAACGCAAGAAUCGAAGAACUUGAGGAGGAGCUUGAGGCUGAACGUGCAGCUAGAGCCAAGUCUGAGAAACAGCGCAUGGAGCUCAGCCGCGAGUUGGACGAAUUGAGCGAGCGUCUGGACGAGGCUGGCGGUGCCACUGCAGCUCAGAUUGAUCUGAACAAAAAGAGGGAACAAGAGUUGUUGAAACUGCGUCGUGACUUGGAGGAACAAACUUUGGCAGGAGAAGCUCAGGUUUCAGCCCUCCGCAAGAAACAACAAGACGUUGCCAAUGAGAUGGCUGACCAAAUCGACCAGCUCAACAAGGCCAAGGCUAAAGCCCUUAAGGAUGCAGCACAAAUGAAGGUUGAGCUUGAUGACCUUCAUGCACAGAUUGCAAUUCUCAACAAAAAUAAGCAAUCUGCCGAGAAGGUCUCCAAACAGCUUGAAGCCCAACUCUCUGAAGCCAAUGCCAGAAUUGACGAGGCCAACAGAAAUGCUGCCGACCUUAACUCUGCAAAGUCCAGACUGCAGAGCGAGAAUGCCGAUCUUACCCGCCAAUUGGAGGAAGCCGAGAGCCGUGUCAGCCAACUGACCAAGGAGAAGUCUUCUCUCGCUUCUCAGCUGGAAGAGGCUAAACGCUCCAUUGAGGAAGAGUCUAGACUCCGACAGAAAAUGCAAUCCGAGGUCCGUAACCUCAAUGCCGACCUCGACUCCCUCCGCGAACAGUUCGAGGAGGAACAGGAGUCCAAGGCCGAUGUCCAGCGUCAGCUCAGCAAGGCCCACAAUGAGGUGCAGAUGUGGCGAUCCAAGUGCGAGAGUGGUGGUGGUGCCAGUGCCGAGGCAGUUGAAGAGAUGAGACGCCGUAUGCAAGCUAAACUUAACGAGGCCGACCAGAAUCUAGAGGCAGCUAAUGCUAAGAUCAGCCAGCUCGAGAAAGUGAAACAACGUAUGGCUCAGGAAAUGGAAGACCUUGUCAUCGAAGUAGAAAGAGCCAACGCAAAUGCAAACAACUUAGAGAAGAAACAGAGAGCCUUCGACAAGACCGUCCAAGAGUGGCAGAGCAAAGUUAGAACCCUGGAGAUAGAGGUUGAGAACGCCCAUAAAGAAACUCGCAGCUUCUCUGCUGAAUGCUUUAGACUCAAGGCACAGUUCGAGGAAUCCCAUGAUACCAUUGAAUCUCUCAGACGCGAGAACAAAAAUCUUGCUGAUGAGAUCCACGAACUCACCGACCAACUCAGUGAGGGAGGAAGAAGUGUCCACGAGGUGGAGAAGGCAAAACGCCGUCUUGAGAUGGAGAAGGAGGAACUCCAGGCUGCUUUGGAAGAGGCUGAGAGCUCUCUUGAACAGGAGGAAGCUAAAGUCAUGCGUGCACAGCUUGAGAUCGCAACUGUCAGAACUGAAAUUGACAGGCGUCUUCAAGAAAAAGAGGAAGAGUUCGAUAACACCAGACGAAACCAUCAGCGUGCCCUUGAUUCCAUGCAGGCCAGUCUUGAAGCCGAGGCUAAGGGUAAGGCCGAGGCCAUGAGAAUCAGGAAGAAGCUUGAGCAGGAUAUCAACGAGCUUGAGGUUGCCCUGGAUGCUGCCAACCGUGCCAAGGCUGAUCUUGAGAAGAACGUCAAACGCUAUCAGCAACAGAUCAGAGAAAUGCAAGUCACCAUUGAAGAUGAGCAGCGUGCCCAGAGCGAAGCACGUGAAGCCUACUCCAUGUCUGAGCGCCGCUGCAUGAUUCUGCAAGGUGAGGUAGAGGAGAUGCGCACCUCCAUUGAAUCUGCUGAGAGAGCCAGAAAAUCUGCUGAAAACGAGCUCCACGAGGCUAAUGACCGUGUCAACGAGCUCGCUGCUCAGGUCACAUCCCUGCAAGCACAAAAGAGGAAAUUGGAGGGAGACAUCCAGGCUAUGCAGACCGAUCUUGAGGAGAUGAACAAUGAAAUUAGAGCUGCCGACGACAAGGCCAAGAAAGCCAUUGCCGAAGCCAAUCAUCUUGCCGAGGAACUCCGCGCAGAACAAGAACACAGCGCCCAGAUUGAGAAAUUCCGCAAGGGACUUGAAAGCCAAAUCAAGGAGCUCCAGGUCCGCUUAGAUGAAGCUGAGGCAUCCGCCCUCAAGGGAGGCAAGAAGAUGAUUGCCAAGCUUGAGAACAGAGUGAGAGAACUCGAGAGCGAAUUGGACAGCGAACAACGCCGUCAUGCCGAGACCCAGAAGAACGCCCGCAAGGCCGACCGCCGCCUCAAAGAACUCGCCUUCCAGGCUGACGAGGACAAGAAGAACCAGGAACGUCUGCAGGAACUCAUUGAGAAACUGCAGGGCAAGGUCCUCACCUACAAGCGCCAAGUAGAGGAAGCCGAGGAAAUCGCCGCCAUCAAUCUGGCUAAAUACCGCAAGGUACAGCACGAGCUGGAAGACGCCGAAGAACGCGCUGACACUGCGGAGACAUCCAUGUCUAAAUUGCGCGCCAAAAGCCGCAGUUCUACAUCUGUCCAGAGGACUACCACCGUCUCCUCUAAAUCUAUGUCCAGAAUCGAAUAGACGACUCUUGAAGUAGUCCCUGACCACCCCCGUUCGAUGAGGAAUAAUCGGGAGGGAUUACAUCUCCUCCUUUAAUCACAGGCAUAUUCCGCAAGGAACCGUGAAAUUCGCGUCUCCAGCGAAUGGAUUUGUUGUUUGUGAUUUUUGACAAUUCAACUAUUUAUUGUGUGUUAAUUAUUUAUUACUAGAUUGUUCCCUCAUUGGACAACCAUCAUCAAAACGGAAUAACAGCCAAUGAUGUUGUUUGUUCUGUUUUGUGAUACUUACAGUAAAUAAAUUAUUGUUAUGUAUCUGCAAAAAAA